AUGGCAAAGAACAUCGACUCUUUCGAACAACUUGCGACCCGAAUCGGACGUCUGCGGAUGAGAAGAUGUGGUCCAACAGCAGCUUUGACUAUCUUCGUUGCUUACGCUCCAACAUCAAGCUACGAUGAAGAAGAAGUCGAAGCUUUCUAUAUGGACCUGGAGAAGUUCUACCGAGAAGAUCAUGCCUUCUACAAGGUCAUAAUUGGCGAUUUCAACGCCAAAGUUGGCCCACGAAGAACGCCGAAGGAACUUCACAUCGGGACCCACGGCCUACAAUGGAACGACCAGGGGAGAGGCUCUCCGAGUUCAUCAUGA